CCCCCACGCGGGCGGGCGGGCGGCCUAUGGCGGCGCGGCGCCGCGGCCGGAGGGCCCGCGGGCUCCUCCCCGCCGGUGCCUGCGGGAGUGGGAAUAAAGACAGAUAGCGGGCAGGCACCAGCCGGGAGGGGAGGGAAGCGCAAAAAGUUUCCUGCGAAGUUCGCGGGCGGCGGCAGCGAUGCCUGUGCUGCGCGGUGCGCUGGGGCUGGGCGGGCUCCGCUCGCCUUAGGGAGGGCAGGCGAGAGCCGAGCGGGGGCCGCGCGGGCGGCGGGGAGUCCCGACCCGGCAGCGAGCCCGUCCUCUCCGCGGCAGGGCCCGGCGGAAGCCGGCGGCGAGGAGAAAACAUCCCAGGCAGAGACGGAAAAGCGCGGCCGGCCGGAGCGGAGGGAGGGGGCGCAGGCACCGCAGCGACACCCGCUGCCGGCAGAGCUCGGGGGAAAGAUGAGCUUGCUGUCAGCCAUAGACACCAGCGCUGCUUCUGUCUACCAGCCCGCCCAGCUCCUCAACUGGGUCUAUCUGUCGCUGCAAGACACGCACCAGGCCAGCGCCUUCGAUGCCUUCCGCCCCGAGCCCUCCUCGUCCCAGCACCCCGACCUCAACUACACCAAGAGCACCCCGGAGCUGGGCUCCUCGCUCAGCUCCAGCUAUCUCAACAGCUUCUUCCAGCUCCAGCGCAGCGAGGCUCUGAGCAGCAGUCUAUAUAAGAGUGCAUCUCCUUAUGGCUCUCUUAAUAACAUAGUGGAUGGGUUAAGCUCCCUCACUGAGCAUUUUUCUGACCUAUCCCUUUCUUCAGAAGCCAGAAAACCCAGCAAGAGGCCACCUCCUAAUUACCUGUGCCAUCUCUGCUUUAACAAGGGACACUACAUCAAAGACUGCCCACAGGCUCGUCCAAAAGGAGAAGGUCUGACUCCAUACCAGGGCAAGAAACGUUGUUUUGGUGAAUACAAGUGUCCCAAAUGCAAGAGAAAAUGGAUGAGUGGAAACUCCUGGGCUAACAUGGGACAAGAAUGUAUCAAGUGCCACAUUAAUGUUUAUCCUCACAAACAGAGACCCCUGGAAAAGCCGGAUGGCCUGGAUGUUUCAGAUCAGAGCAAAGAACAUCCCCAGCAUCUGUGUGAGAAGUGCAAAGUUUUGGGCUACUACUGCCGUCGUGUGCAAUAAACCUUCGAAGUGGCCUCUUCCCAUCCCCAUCAUCCUUCAAGAUCCUCUGGCAGCAUACAAUGAACAGCAACACACACACAAAAAUCAAGACAAAAGCUAAAAUAAUUGACAAUAUUGCCUAUCUUUAGCCUAAUAAUAUGCCUUACCGUUAGUAGAAUGUAACAUUUCUCCUGUGCAUGCACACACAUGCAACAGGUAUUUACAGGGCUAUGGUGUAUUUGUAUACAUACAUAUAUAUAUAUAUAACUUGUGUAUAUAUAUAUGUACACACAUAUAUAUGUAAACAGUGUUACUGAUAGUGUUCACAACAGAGCCACCAUUGCAGGUUCUGCUGAUUGUUUACACAGUUCCUAUAUCAUGGCCAGGUGAAAUGAAAUACAAUUCAUUAGGCAAGAUACAAUAUUCACAAGAAGCAUAUAUUAUAAAUGGCUUUUGCAGAGGUUAAAUAACUGUGGGGACACUAAUUGCAAGCACUCACUCACGUCAUGAACGCUAUUCCUGUUAUAUGACAAGACAAAGGAAGAUUAAACAAGCCACAGUGUAGAAGAUGGAACUUUAUUGUUUUCCCAGCUUUAGAAAGUCUGAGAGUUCUGUGCUGCUGCUUUCUUGAACUUUUUCUGUUUGUUAAUGUAACUUGGGCAGGGCUUAGGCAAAAUCAUUUUUGCAGGAUGUGGCAAAAAAAAGUGAAUAAUUGUUUGAGGGUGUGGUUUGUGUGGAAAGGGAAGGCCAUAAUGGGACACAGAGCAUCGAGGAGGAUUCCAAGAGGCUUUUGGAGGAGGUGAAAUUGGCUUGCGUGUGUUACUAACAGCUCCUUCUCUUGUCAUAUAAUUCAUCUAAAACGGUCCCUUUAUGUGUAUGGGCUAUUCAUUAGGCCACAAGGACACUAAAUUUACUGUGAAUAAUGGGGGAUAAGAAUGCUUAAAAUUGUCCCCAAAACCCUUAAUUGAAAGAUUAGCCAGAUGUACUAUUUAUAAUAAUUUUAAAGCCACUUUCUGGAAAUACUUUUAUGUCCUGUUUUCUACUGUAGAAAUUUGUUAUUAAUGUAAAACUCUUUAGCCACAGGGGUGUUAUGAGGCAUGAAGGACAUCAGUCUACAUAACUUCCCUCUUUUCUGUCUUCCUGAAACACCUAUAUGCCUUAGGAGAAAUGUAGGCGCUAUAUUUAGUUGUCGCAUUUCAGGUAGAACUUUGUGCAGGGGCAUCCUGUUGCAAAGAAAUAUCUUAUCAGGGAUUGGGGAAUAUCGUGAACUGAAAGUACCUCGAGACAGUAUCCUGUUUAUGUGUCUCUUUAAGAGUACAUUGGCAAAAGGACACAUGAGCAAUUCAUUUGCAUUAUUCUCUUAAAAAUAUUUUUUAAAAAAUGAACAGGGACAAUUUUUUAAAAAGCAACAAUUUCUAUUUUUACGAAGUUUCCUUUAAAGAGAUUGAUUUGUAUGAGUGAUAUUUAGUGGAAUUAUUUUAAAUCCUAAAUAACUUGAUGUAAAUUAAAUCUGUUUUAAAGAUUAAUUCCAUAAUACUAAUCCAGAGGGGUUUUUAUGCCAAGUUAUACUGGGAUAUUACCAGUAUGUAGAGUCAAAUUCUUGUGCAGUAAAUUGAAAACUUACAGUAAACAUUCUCAUAUGAAAUGUGAACCUCUUUACAAAUUUGCUCCAGGGUGAAACUUUUGCUAUUUCCUUGCUUUGCUAUAAACAGGGCAAAAUUGUUUCUGUUUAUUCUGGUGGCAGCAAAUGUUACAUACAUAUCUCACAAACUUCCUUAUUUAUGGGUAGCCCAAGUGAUACAGCCUACAGGUUAGAGCAGUGGAUAAACACUGGGACUUGUUGCUUCUGUACAAGAUUUUUCCAUUAGCUCACUGAUUUUGCGCAAGUCACAAAAUCCUUCUGGGCCUCAGUUUCCCCAACUGCAAAAUGGGGAUAAUAAUACUUUAGCAUACCUACCUCACAGGGGUGUUGUGAGGCUUACUUAAUAUCUGUAGGUGUUUUGACAUCAUUGGAUGAGAAGUGCUAUAUAAUGCGAAAAUAUUAACUAAAUUAAUCACUUUGAAACUAAUUUUGCCCAGCUGGCAAUUUCAUCAGCUAAAAUGAACCUAAAAUAAUGUGAAGAUUUAACACUAAUAAGAGAUUCAGUCGUCUCAGUCAAAAUAUGCAAUUUUGGCAUUUUCAAAUGGGAAUGCAUUCUUUUGCACAGACUCAAAAAUUAACUUAGAGACAAAUUUCCUAAACAAAAAUACUUAAUUUGCCCGUACAAUAAGAGUAAGAAAAUACACAGGCAAAUCUAGGAGUGGAUUUUCAAAGCUUGAGCUCUAGUGUUAAUCUGGGUCUUUUGUUUUCAAGCAUGAGAAAUAUUGAAGGAAUGAAUGCAAGAGAGCCGCAUACUAAACCAGAUCUAUUUUUUGUUCCUCUUGAGCACUUAGUAGCACAUGAACAAAAGCCACCUUGACACAUCAUAUCCAGUCAAAGAACAAGUAAAGAAAUCCUAUUAGAUAAAGAACAAGAGAAAAUGUUAUUUUCUCCCUGAAACUAAGAUGUUGCUACGAACCAUUCUUUCUGUUUUGAAAUAGUUUCAGACUUAUGAUAACCACUAAAUGGAAAAAAAAAAUUCAGUAAAAUAGCUCAUCCCCCGAUACAGCUACAUCAGUAUACAACAUACCACAAGAUUUUAAACAACAAAGACCAACUAAAAGACACCAUUAUAUGCAAUUGUUGCUAUUUUCAUGACAGUACUAUCUUAAAAAUCAUUUAUCCAGAUUCAGCAUUGCAUGGUGAUGCCUUUAGCUUAUGGAUUUUUAGGUUGUAAUUUAAAAUAAGGUUCCUAAAACUACAUCUGAUCGACUUAACACAAUUAACGUGUGUAGGUGUAGAAUAAUACUUUUUAGAAGCAUACUUAUGAAAGUUCAAUAUUUGUAUCAUGAUAUUUUCCUAGGCAGUAGACAUAUGACGUAUUUAAGUGAUGUUCAGCAUUAAGCAUAUGUGGAAUAAUGAGGCAGAAAACAGACUUUCCCAGAUGCUUACGUUGGGGAAAAGCACAUAAAGAACAAAACGUGCGGAAAAGUGAGAAGCGACACUGCCAUUGCUUGUACUGCCUAACUCGGAGGCCACAAAACCCUUCCCGGGCUACGCUGAGAUGCGGGGCACAUCCUGGCAGCUUGGCACGGAGCCGCGCGGGAAGGAGCAGGGCAGCAUGGUGGGAGCACGGCCCCCGCCGCUGCGGGCCGACCGCCGGCUGCCCUCGGCCCGCUGUUUUCUGUCCUCCCCGCGCAGGGCUGGGAAGCUCCUCUCGGACAAGGCAGUGCCUGGGGAAAGGAACGCAGCGCGGAGGGAGCCCCGGGUGUUCGCUGCACACUUGUCCUCGCAGCUUGGGGAGCGCUGGAGAAACAGAGCCGUACAAAUGACAUAUGGCAGUUUGCAAUCGUUAGCUUUUAAUUGAGGGUACAGAACUGAAAUUUUUGAUUUUUGAUUUCACCAACUUGGGUUUUGACUAGAAAAAUGUAAGUUUCUCUUCUCUUUUUAUUUUUUAAGGUAAUUCACCUAUGAGCUAUUUUUUCCAAAAAAAAAAAAAAUCACUUCAGAGUUCAGAUUUUGAAUGGAAAGAGGAUGAUCUGAUUUUUCCUCUCAGAUUUUAUGAAUACCUUCUGAUCUUCUCUGUAACCAGCUCCACAUAUAGAUCAUCAACUAGUAUUUCUGGGUUUUUUUGUUUUUUUGUUUUUUUUAAACAGUCUUAUCAGAAGCAAAGCAAGUAGUGGUAAAGAGUUUUGAAUCAACACAAGUCUCCCUAAAUUUGGUAUUCUCCGAGGGGUACCUGAGGGUAACUUGGCUCUAUGCGUGUACUUGACAAACUUAAUUUUAAAUCCCAUCAGAUGGUUCUCGUUGUCUGCAUACAGAUCCAUCCAGCACACACCACUGUUUUCCCAUUGGAGAUUUUUAACUUUCAUUUAUUUUUUUGGAAAAAAAUCUCAAUUUGUUUCUUCCGUCAGUCAGAACAUUUUCCACGGAAUGUGUCUUUGGCACUGGCACUGUUCCGGAGAAAAGUAUCAGUGAACUGAAGUAGGUAGUGAAGGUCUUUAGCUGUUUUAACUUGAUGCAACUCCAAUGAAGUUGUUACAACUACUUCAUUUAAUAGCGAUGAAGAAAAAACCCUGUAGAUUAAAGCAUGGCCCUGUUUUAGCCAGUUUCUAGUGCUGCUAUCACAGACAUAAAAUGAUGCCACACAAGCAAAGUUUGAGACCUUUUUGUCUCAAGGUUGCUUUUUAAUUUCAGAGAAAUACACAAGGGUAUAUAUUGUUUCUAAAAAUAAGUGUAUUUUAAAGUUCCCCAUUAUAUGGGACUUAGUUUGUAAACUAAAAAUGUGAAGUUACGUAUGUCUGAGAGAAGCCUUUUAUAGAGAAGUAUUCUCUAUAUUUUACCUUUUUGUAUAACACAAAAUUUAGAUUAAACAUGGGUUGCAUACUUGUGAAGUUCUAGCCAUUACUCCAAAAAUAAAACUACUUGACACAUUAAAAGCUAAGAGCUUUUGGAAACGUUAGCAUUCAUAGAUUAGUUCUUUAUGUCCUGCAGUCACGUAGAGGAGCUUUUUCUUUUUUCUAGUAUGCAUCCAAAGAGUGAGCCACUGAAUAGCAUGCAAUAAAUCAUCAACAUGUGUUUUUAAAAUUAAGUGAAUUGACAUACACUUUCCACUUGCCUUUGCCAACUGUUUCAAAAUGUGGUGGAACCAUCCCCAUACAAAAUCGCUCUUUAAGAUAUCACUCCGCUCCUGAUUGGGCUUCAAUACACGUCUGUUUCCGAUCUGCAAAACCACUGCUGUCCAUUAAUGUUGCUAUAUCGCUGAAGUGCUCAGAGGGCUGAUUGAGAUCUUCGAUAUAGGGAUGAUGGUUUGUGUUUCUAGGAUGUAUUUCAAAGGGACAAUCGCGUGCAGUUACUAGAUAUAGAUGAUUGAUAUAAAUGUUUACCCCUGUAUGAAGUAUUUUACAGUUUUACUUGCAGAUGUGUAUUUAUCUUGAGUUAUACUUGACAUAGAGUUCCUUUCAAUUUUUUUUUUUUUAAUACUAUGUGUGUAUUUUGGAAACCUUUUUAGAUGUUAAAAUUUUUGAAUGGUUACAAAUAUUUCUUGUAAUACUGAAUUGUUAUCUUGUCUGGAAACUCUUUGCAGUAACUUUUUUGUAUAUAUUUGAGGGCCUUUUUAAAAAAAGUAUUGUUCGGUUUUUGGGGAAAAGUUUUUACAACUUGGAAGCUUUCAGAAGGGCCUUCCUCUCAACUAGGAUACUAACAGAGGUAAGAGUUUUCUUAAGUAUUUUGCAAAACUAAGGAUGUAUCCUCAAGAAAAUAUUUAUGGAAGUAAUUUACUUUUUUUUUUUUUUUUUACAAUGCUUUUGUCUGUAUAAAGUAUGCAACAGAACUACAUUAAGAAGGAAAUAUUGUCUACGUAAAAUAUUAUAUGAAAGUUGGUACAUAAUUCUGACAAAAAAACCUUGCAAUUCUUUAAGCCAUAUGUUUUUUGUUAUCCUUGGAUGAAAAUAUCAGUAUUAAGUAACCAAUAUAUUAUUCAAGUGCUUAGACUUAUAUGAAAAUGUUUAUACAGUUUAUUUAUGUGUAUUUGGGGAAGGAUUGCUAGAAAAAGCUAUCACUAGACAUAUAGCAAGUGAGGAGCAAAUAACAGUAUACUGUCACUUUAUGACCUGGUGAGACACGCAGAAGUUGCUGAAAGCGUGGUAGAGAUUCAGCUUUCAGAAUUUCUGAAGCACAAGUGUUUGGUUUCAAAUGGUCAUUUUUGUCCUUUUUCACGAAGAGAAGGGAAGAGUUAGUUGGGAUGCUGUUUGACAACUUGACUUUCAGAACCGUUUUCAGACUGUGAGCUCAGCUGCGCAGUACCAGCUACAGCAAUAAUGUCAAUCAAAGGACAUACCAGAGAAGGAUUGAAGUAGCUUAUUGUAGGGAUUUAUGUUUAUUUUAAUUAGAACUCAUAGCAAUAUAGAAUAUGCAUGUGCACGUAUUUGAAGCAUUUUUACACUUUACAUUUCAUGUAGUUUGAUUAUAUUAUGAAGGACUGGGUCUUUAGUUUGAUAUUUUACCAUGCUAAAGUGGGAGGUCUGCCCAACCCUGUACUGAAUUCUUGUUUCCUUUAAAAGGUUAUUUAGUACAGCAGUCACUGCAUUGUGUACUAGUGCUAAAACUAACACUGUAUCUUAUGAAUUUCUUCAGCUUUAAAAAAAAUUAACCUAAUUAUUAUUACAUUUGUUUAGCUGUACCCACUGACCUUGGCAGUUUCAGUUGGUGACCUAUAUAAUUUCAUUUUCUGUAACUGUUAAUAAACUUGUACAGCUAAAACAAACAAACAAAACCUAUGGACAAAGGCCUCGGAGGUGCCAGUUCUGCUGCAGCAAUCGAGAUGACAACUUGCUUAUCUGGUGACUACAUUGCUAAAGAGACUGUCAAACCUCUGUUGUGGAUUGUCCAUAAAAUGGCAUUCCGACAUGUGCCUUAUUUGCUGGAUAGUAUACAGCUUUCCUCUAGUAUUAUAGCAUUUUAAUGCUGUAUUAAAAUACUGCAAAAAACA